CGCUGACUUGAGUCUCCUCCCUCUGCAGGCGCCACCAUGCCGUCACUCACAGAGACUUCCGCCAGCCUUCCCCUCCUCUGUUUUGCCAACUUCCUCUUGCUCCUCCUCUCGCUCGGCCCCCCCGCCGCCCGCGGGGCUUCCCUCAGAGAUCACAGACUGCGAGGAAGUGAGUCGGACUCCCAGAGGGGCGACGUCCCACAGACUCCCGACGCCGACAUGCUCAAAGCGCUGGAGUACGUCGAGAGCGUCCGCCAAAGGGCAGGCGCCGACCCCCUCCUCGCCGCGGGCUACGGGGAUGACGCAGACAAGCUGCGCGCCAUGCUGAGGCUGGCUUCCAACCCUGUGCAGAGCAAAGAGGAUGAGGAGGAGGAGGAGAGGGAGGAGGAGGAGAGGGAGGACAAGAGUGAGGAGCUGCUCCAGGCCGUGCUCAGCACCCUCCAGCAGACGGAGAAGGCCUCGCAGCCCGGCGGCGCGUAUCCCAGAGGGCAGCCGAAGCAGCACGGCGUCCUGCCCCACAAGAAGCUGCCGCUGAUGUUUGAGGACGAUGAGGAGGAGGGCGAGGGGGACGAGGAGGACGAAGAAGACGAGGAGGACGAGGGCGAGAGGGGCCCCUUUAAGCGCAUGAACGAGAACGUGGAGGAGAAGUACACGCCACAGAACCUGGCAACCCUGCAGUCCGUGUUCGACGAACUGGACAAAAUGAGCGGCGUGAAGACCACGCAGCGGCGCCAGGACGCUGCGGACAACGGCGAGGAGGAGGAUGACGCAGACGAAGACGACACGUUCGACGUGAGGAACGUGGGAUACGAUGACGGGGAUCUCGCAGAAUGGGGUCCGCUACAAGAGCAGGAAGAGGAGGAGGGGGAGGAGGACAACAGACACGAGGACAACCGAGGGCUCGAUUAUGUCGACGACAACGACGAGGAAGCCGACGAGGACGCCAGUGAGGACGCCGGGGAGGACGCGGGUGAAAGCCUCCUGGUCAAGAGAUCCAGCGGCCCGGAUGACGUCGCCAACCUCGUAGACUACUACCUCCUCAGGGUGCUGGAGAAAAGCGAAGAGGAGGAGCACAAGCGACAGGUGGAGGAAGAGGAGAGGAAGAUGGCCGAGAGGAGAGCGGCUCAGACGCGGCACAGCGACACUGUGGAUCCACGGGCCGUCUACCAGCUCAUUCAGAUCUCCCAGAAGUACCAGAUCCCGCCCGAGGACCUGGUGGACAUGCUCAGAACCGGACAGACGACCAAUGCGUUACGGAAGAGCGGCGGCUUCUCCAGGGCGGAAAACAGGCUCUCGCAGACGUCCCCGAAGAAGACGCACAAGACCCCCCAGGCGAAACUCCACAGCAGGCGCUUCCCCGAGAGACAGGAGACCCCCGAGGAUCGGAGGACGGAGCAGAUACUCGACAUCCUGGGCUUCGGGGGCGCGGAGGAGCGAGCUCCCGUCAGGAAGCAGAAGCAGUCACGACUCCCCGCUCUGUCCGCGGGGCGUCCGAGGGCGUCGGCUCCCGCGCAGCGGCGCCCUCCUCCCGGCGACUACGACGACACAGUGGACGAGGACGAGCUGGCGGCGUACCUGGCGGCUCAGAUGCUGGCGCGUUACCCGAAGCACAGGGACCGCGGGGCGGGCCAGAAGCGGGACGAGGCCGGGCAGAGCGCGGCGGGCUCCUUCGAGCGUGCCAUGCAGGCUUAUUUUGAUCAAAUGGACUCAGACAGAAGCCCGAAUGAAAGGAGUUGGUCGGAGGGGGAGGGAGAAGGAAGGGGGGGCGUGACUGAGAUGCAGCGCUUCGAUAACGAGGCGGUGAUGAAACUGCUGAGCUCCCUCAACCCUGAAACUGAAGAAAGCGACGCCAAAACCGCCUGAUGAAUAUAGAGAGAUACACACAGAUAUAUAUAGUAUACAUAAGGUUUUUGGUGGAGGGAGACAGUGAAAAUAAAGUAUUUUGAAGAAUAAAACAGUUAUUCUGUAGGUUUACAAAAUGUUCCUAUUUAUUACUCAGAAAUAUUGAAAUAGUGUUUAGAUUCAGUUGAGCUGAGUUUGUUGCUAAACAACACAAAGCAACCAGUACAUGUGACUCACCAGCCUCUCAAUGCGCAUGCACGCACACACACACACGCACACACACACACACACACACACGACCAAAUCAGUGUUGGAUCCCAUAGAUUACUUGUGUUUUUUAUUUUAAUUUUAUAUUUGUUUUGUAAAUGUGCUCAUAUGUGACAUACCUGAGGUGAAUAAAGCAUUGACUUUAUUUUUU